AUGAAAAGAGAAAAUGUGAGUUUUCCCAAUACUUUUGUCCUGCUGGGAUUCUCAGAGUUUCCAUGGCUGGAGAAGCCCCUCUUUGCAGUGGUCCUGGUCUCCUACCUCCUCACCCUGCUGGGGAACAGCUCCAUCAUCCUCCUAUCCCUAGUGGACCCAAGACUACAGACGCCCAUGUACUUCUUCCUGGACAACCUCUCUCUUCUGGACCUCAGUGUGACCUGUGCCACUGUGCCUCAGCUGUUGGCCAACCUCUGGGAACCAGACAAGACCAUUGCUGCCUGGGGCUGCAUCACACAGGCCUAUAUAUUCACUUUGACAGGCUGUGCUGAAUGCAUCCUGCUGGCAAUGAUGGCCAUUGAUCGCUAUGUGGCCAUCUGCCGGCCCCUCCUUUACACUCUCAUCAUGCGCCCCUGGGUGUGUAUAAACAUGGCAGCUACAUGCUGGUUGAGUGGCCUGGGCAAUUCUGUGCUACUUGUAACUCUGACCCUCCAGCUCUCCUUCUGUGGGCACCACAUGCUGGACCACUUGUUCUGUGAGGUGCCUGUGCUCAUCAAGGUAGCCUGUGGUGACACCUCUUUUGAGGAGCUGGCCCUGGCUUUGGCAUCCAUCCCUUUUGCUCUACUGGCUCCCCUAGUGGUGAUUAUCUCCUACAUCUUUAUUGCUAGGGCUGUACUGAAGUUACCCUCAGCUGAAGGAAGGCACAAGGCACUCAGCACCUGCAGUUCCCACUUGCUGGUGGUCACCAUGUUCUUUGGCCCUUCCAUGUACAUGUACCUCCAGCCCCCUGCCCACAACACACAGGCCAAGUUCACAUCCUUCUUCUACUGUGUGAUCACCCCAGUGCUCAAUCCACUCAUCUACACCCUGAGAAACAAGGAUGUGAAGGCAGCAUGGAAGAGGAUCCUGCAAUCUCAGGGUGAGGUAAAGUCUUUAUAA